AUCAGUAUUUUGUCUGUACACAUAACUCCUUUGAUUCUUCAUCAACAUCAUUGUACAUCCAGUUUCUUCGCGUCUCUUCAGGAAAAUGAAAUGGAGAAGAACACAGCAGCCACUACUACGCCACACGACGCUUGUCAGCCAUACCACCGAUUACUAAAGACUCUGGACUAUCGAUGUCCCCACUCGCAGUUCAGCGUUCAAAUAUUAUUUUGGAAAAGGAAAGCGAACAGGUCGGACGUCAUUUAACAGCCAGACGCGUUUGUGAUAUGUUUGCAACUCGUGAUGACAAUGAUGAAGUCCAUUUUAGUUGUGGUAGCCGUAAUCUUCUGUAUUUCAGGGUCGUUUUCUCAGACCGGUCGCAUCAUCGGAGGUGAUUCGGCUUCGGCUGGCCAGUUUCCAUACGUAGUUUCCAUCACAGAAGAUGGACGCCAUUUCUGUGGCGGAUUCAUCUACAGCUCAAGAUGGAUCGUUACGACAGCGUCUUGUCUUGUUGGGAAAUCGUUAACUAGACUGAAGGUCGUUGUGGGACAGUUUAACCUUUUAAAUCCAGACAUUAACGAGCAAACGAUGGCUGUGUACACCCUCAAUCCUUUUCCCGAGUACGACAGCACGAACAAAGCGAAUGAUAUCGCUCUUGUUAGGCUCACGGCAGAGAUUGUGUUCGAUUAUGAAUACGUUGAUUUCAUUGAAUACAAUAAUGAGGUGGAUUACACGAAAGAAGCAAUCACCAUGGGGUGGGGCGUCACCUACGAGGCAGGGUACGAAUCCCUUUACCUUCGCUAUGGGGCAGUACGAGCCAAUGACUACGCAACGUGCGGACCCUUUGGCAACGAGGAGUUUGAUCCGACAACAAUGAUAUGUGCUGCAGGCACUUUGCUCUCAGAACUUCCUGCCGGAACUCCUUGUACUUACGACGAAGGAUCCCCACUCGUCCAGGAAUUCACUGAUCCUUCUAAUGAAUCGCUGAGAAUCACCACCGCCAUCGGCGUCUAUUCGAAAACGCAAAUCUGCGAGUUGGGACGACCUAUUGUUUACACGCGUCUGUCCCUCUUUGGUUCUUGGUUACUGAACACAGCCGGACCGCAACCUCAUCGUCCACAAGACAGCCGAUAAUUCUAUCGGGAAUGUUCGUAUAAUCAAUGUGCGGUUGAUUAUACGAACAUGAAUAUCGUAUAAUCACUGCAAUCGAUUCAUUUUGACUAAAUCUUCUAUAUGUAUUUGUUAUUAUUAUUAGACAUCGCUGAAUCCCUAAAUCACCCAAAUGAACUAUGUCGUUUCCUGCUACAAAACCCCCGCUAUCUAUAACCAUUUAAAAAUGAGAUACGGGGACUUUGUAUAUUGAUAUAUACCAGCAAGCGUAAAACAAACAAUUAUAUCGGCUAAUGUGUAGGCUACAGUACGUGUACGAGGUUUUCUCCAUAUCAUAAAAUCUUUCGUUAAAAGUAAACAAAAGAAACUAGGGGAAUUUAAUUUACCUCCACGUAUGGUCUAUGUAGUUAAUUCUAAUGUCAUAUAUUUCGUCGUUAGAAACUCGGUGCAAUAGAUUAACGUGUCUAUAUGUAAUACGACUCGGUUUGUCUUGAUGCGUGUCAGGAAGACAGACGUUCUUUCACAUCGUUGGGUACGUUGUUUGAUUUUUUAUCUUCCAUCACGAUGUUUGAUACGAGGAUUACGAAACUUUGUGUAUGUACAAAAUAUAGAGGAUUUAGCUGUG